AAAGAUGAAAAGUUAGAAGGAAGUGUGAUGCAGGAUUUAUAGUUGAUCAAAAAGUGUUUCUCUUUUAUGUGAUAAAUAGAACAAGAGUAUUCUUUUUACUUAAAAAUUAUAAAUUUCAUAAGAAUCUAUCCAUGACUUAAAAAGUAAUAAAUAUCUUAUGAACUAUGGUCUGAAGACGAGCAAUAUACUGGUUAUUCUUCUUCUGAAUUAAUGUUGUGCUUGAUUUGUGUUUGCUUUUGCGGUUCAAGUGAUGCUACAAUCAGAAAGAUCACUACGUAGCAACCUUCCAAUAAUUCGAAUACCAGGAGAUGGUAGAUGUAUGUUUAGAUCUGUGGUCUACGGUGCCUGCCUCAGAAAAGGGGACCCACCUCCAAGUCUCACCAGGCAAAAAGAACUUGCAGAUGAGCUCAGAGCCAAAGUUGUGGAUGAGUUCAUCAAGAGGAGAGUAGACACCGAAUGGUUUCUUGAAGGUGACUUUAACACUUAUACGGUACAAAUGAGAAAGGCUCAAGUAUGGGGAGGAGAACCUGAACUUCUAAUGUCGUCGCAUGUUUUACAGAUGCCUAUAACAGUGGUCAUGCAGGAUACGAAUUCCAAUAACCUUAAAAUUAUAGCUGAAUACGGCCAGGAGUAUGGCAAGGAGAACCCUAUUAGAGUCAUCUAUGAUGGUUUUGGUCACUAUGAUGUACUGAAGUGUUCAACAUGAUCAUACGCAAUAUGCAAUCCAAACUCUGCAAUUUAAAUUUUCAUGUAACCUAGUAGUAGUAAUAAUUAAAUGUGUUAUAACUUGAAAAUGUGCUUCAAUGUGAUUGUGACGUCUUAGUAGUACCAAAGCAAAGCAAAUUCUGAAUUUCUGAUCA